AUGGCACCAAGCUUACAACUGCUCAUUGAUUACGUGCUGAACGAAGUCGCAUUGUGCGGAAACCAAGGCGCGACUUUGUCAUUUGUUCUCCAAGCCAUCACAGCCUUCUAUGAGGACCAAUCGCAGGAUGGAACCAGCCAUCAGAACGUCGAUGGUCGGUUUCUCAUAAAGGCUUGGGGAUGGCUCACGAAGAAUCCAGAGGUGUCUGUUGGUAAAAAUACGGAAUACAAUCAUCUCACGCUGGACGAGGCCAAGCAGCUUGACUCGCAGAGCUCGGAGGUCGACCAAGAUGCAGACCAAGAGCCUGAAUCGCCUGUUCGAAUAUUUGUUUCCAAGGAAAGAACAUGGAUUGCUAUAACUGGCCAUGAACCUGACGAAACCAAGGUAAUGCCACUUGAACUGGUACUGCUAUCGAUUAUCGCUUCCCACAAGUCGGAAGGUAUUGUUCAGCCAGAUCUGUGCAAGAUUAGUGGCCAAGACAAACGCUCCGUUCCAACGCGCACAGAUAAAUUACAUGCCAAAGGAUAUAUCGAUAAGCGUCCGGUCCAGAUCAAAGGAGCUCGAACAAGUCUUUGCACACUGAAGCGAUUCUUGCGCCCAACAGCCAACGAUGGAGAUGGACAACCACAGGAACAAUCACAGCCAAUGAUUGAUUUCGAUUCUUUCAAUACAAAGCUUUUCGACAUUCUUCGAGAAUUCCGACUUGUCACUCGCAACGAUCUGAAACGGCUCCUAGGGUUCGACGACCGUUGGCGAUGGCGGAUUCUGUCUCGGGCAAUUCGCAAAUAUGAGCGGAUAGGUGUUUUGAAGCGUGUUAGAGCGAUGUCGCAGUAUGAGAAGCUGCACCCUUGCAUCAAGCUUCUACGGGAGCCCACAGAAAAAGACUUCAAACUGUUCCACGAUUUCGAUCUUGAUGUCUUGGACGAUAAAAAGGGGCAGGAUCUUGGUGAUAUGGAUCAAGAGGAGCUUGAUAUUGCAGAGAAGCCGGAGUUUGAUGCAGACGAAGGUGCUAUCAAUCUGAUACAAGAGCACGUCGAAGACGUCGGACGAGUGGUGCCCGUUUGGAAUCCACAGCGCAACAUCCAUAACCAGAUGUUUGACAUCAUUCAGCGUACAGGUACUUCAGGAAUGGCAAACCAGCAAGUCGCACGAACUCUCUUCGGAGACUUCUACAGAAGAGCUUCAGAGAAUAUCUUGCAUCGUCUCGUUGAUCUUUGGCAGAUGUCUCAACCACUACAUCUUCGCCAUUUUGUCAUCGUUCGAGACAUGGCAAUGCAAAAGACGACCAUGUUCUACAUUCAUUACACUGGACAAAAUUUCGCAAAGCUCGUGGAAGCUGGCCGAACGUCCUGGGAGGCAGUCGAAUUCCCAGAAAAGAAAGCCAAAUCACUGAAAAUUGACAUUCCACGAUUCAAUGUUGUUGCUCAACUCGAUGAACAUGGAUUCCCGCAAAAGGAACCCCCUAUCGGCCUUAUGAAGAAUCCCAGCGCUACUCUUCUUGAUGGAAUUAAGGAUGCCAACCCUUCGAAUUAUUUGCUGUCUACUAGCGAUCCAUUCGUGGUCCAACUCCCUGACGGAAGCGUCGUCGUUCGUACACGUCUCGAUAAGCUUCCCCCUGGGGCCAAGCAACAUGUCGAUGUCCCCACGCGAACAUACGGGCGCCCGAAAGGGACUCUGAACAAAAAGACGGUAGCAAGAAAUGCCAAGAUAAGGGAGGCCAAAGCCAGGAGGUCCGAAGUCAGAGAAUCCACAGCAGGAGAGCCUUCACCGCAAGAAUCCGCAGUCAUGGAAUCCUCCGUGGUUGAGUCUGCGGCUCCAGAGCCAAACCUCCAACUCACAUCCGACAAAACUCCUGCCCUGGAUGAUAUGGACCAUGUCACCCCACAGAAGAAAAGAAAGUCAGGCGCCAGACCCUUUGCAUUUCGGGGAAUGUCGAGGAUUGAGAAGCUCAAAGCGCUCGGCAUGGAUGAGGGCUGGACUGAGUAUGAUGCUCUACUCAUGGAUAUGCCUGUGCCUGGAGUGUACAUUACCCCUUUUGGCAAAAGAAGACCCGCUGGCAAGGCCCGAGGUCGACCUAGAAAGAGUCGAAUCGCAGUUUUCAAAUCGUCAAAGCUGACCCAAUUUCCUUGGUUUAUCAAGGACGAAAUUUCAGAUGACGAAGUUGAGAAGGACGAUGCGUCAGCUGUUGCAUCAGAACCCAUUGCCAACGAAAACACACCUUUAAGCAGUGGCUGGCGCAGUGCAAAUUCACCUAGACUGUUGCCACAACCAAACACGAAUGGGUCGGAACGUGAAAGUCCACCAAAGCGUCCUCGUCUUCAAAAUACCCAAGGCCCAGCCAAUCCGGUAUUCUUGGAACCCCCGAAGACAACCUGCCAGAAAAUGCAGCUGCUACGAGGUCAGAGAACCCAACUGCAGCUACCACACCACGUCAUCGAGAUAAGAGUGCUAGUCGCGUUAGCGUCCUCACCACUUAAGCCAUUUGAACAAUUUGGAUCUCAAAAUUCGAAUACAGCACCAAGAGCUUCGCGGCACAGAAACCGGAUAAGUACGGGUCAAGUUGCAACGAAGCCACCCAUCGCACCUCUGAAGCCACUAAUUGAGAGAGGCGGGUCAAUUAGUUUCCUCCGCAGAAAGAUGAUCAUGGAGCUCAUCGAAAAAGCCGGAGGCGUGUUCCCAACGGGUUCUGCGCUUUGGUAUGCUUUUGUUUCGGAAUGGAUGAAGAACAAGCCGAACGAGAGGCCAGAUACGCGCACCAUCCAGUCUGCAACCAAGGUAAUGGUUGAUGCCGGUCAGAUUCGGCAAUUGACAUUCAGUGGCAGAGACAGAAAGGGUGUUAUGGUCACCAGAACGAUGUUGAUGAAGCCUGAGAUUUCCCCUGGUGAUCCCAAAGUCAAGGAUCUGCAGGCUAAAAUUCUGAACACUCACAUUCAUGAGUCACGGCCAAGUUUUUCAGAGAACGUGGUGUUGGAUCCCGUAUUGACACGAAGCGGACGUCGAGCGAUGCACGACGUAAAACAACGGAGGUUGAAUUUCCCAGUGGAAACCAAAGCUAUGGUUACUUUACAACAAAAGCCUGCAUUUGCCAAGGCGGCAGAAGAACGAAAAGGAAGAACGAUUCAGAAGCGUCUCAUGCGGGGCUUGCAAGCCGAGGCAAACGCUUUGAUGGAAGAAGAGGAGAUGGAAAGACUUUAUGGAGUCAAGCGGCUGAUGACACUUGCACGACCUCCCACCCUCGACACGGAGUCCAAUCCACUCACUUCAGUUAUUCGCCCUGACCGAAAAUCGACUAGGAAGAGAGCCACCAGGCGUUUGGACACUCUGAUCGACCCCAAAAAACGCAUGAGGCCUAUUUCCAAUAUCAGUCAAUAUGCCUUGUUGAUGGCGCCGGUGCAGGAGUUCUAUGCAAACAACGGCACAUUCUCUACAGCCUCCUGGCCCGUGAAAGCUAGGAAAUCGAAGCGCGGUGUCAGUGUCAAGCAAUUCAUCAGUACAUUGACUGAAAUCGCGACUCAAUCACAGACCUCAGAGCAGCCCAUCGCCGGUUCGCAGAGUAUCUUCCACUCUACAGCCGACAAGAUCUUGAAAUGGGAGAUGGAAAACGAGGAAAUCUUCAAUUCUGAUAUUGAGGGCAUGCCUUUCGUCAAUCAAACAAUCCAAGGUGAAUUUGAGGAAGAAGAAAUAAACGGAGAGAUCCGGUUUCAAAUCGACAUGCCUGUACCACCACCACGUCCAAUCCCAAUACCCCGGGACACACGGUCAACCACUGCCGGUCGCUUACAGACUGAUGAUGACUUCCAGCUCAAACGAAAGAAGCGACAAAAGCCGCGUGUCAACCGCCGGCUGGCUGCUCUUGAUGAAGCCACAACUCUCGAGAAAGACAAACCCACGAGUCGUCAUAUCGUUCGUCGACAGACACGCAGCAACAUACCCGAACAAAUGGUCAGGAAGAUCAUGAUCGCCAUCACAGCCGUUCGUGUGCUUACUGGUGGAUUGGAUGGAAGAAUUGUAGAGUGGGAUCUCGUAGUACGAGCUUUCCCAGACCACGACCCAGCAGCGAUGGAAGAAAAGGCACGGCGCAUCUUGAACAGGAACCGUCUGCAAGUUGUGAAGAUGCAUCGAGACUUCCAAGAACGGUAUCUGGAUGCCUAUGAGAAAGGACAGGUCCCUAGUAUUGACUACAACGAUUUGGAAAACUACGACUGGCCCGGUGUUGUUGAAUGGGCAGCCACUCACCUGGAUGUUCCUCUCUCCCAGAGCAUCCCAGAUCUCCCCGCAACGCGAGAACAAUUUGACGCUCUGUUCGAGAUGCGCGAGGACACUACCACAGCCAGUGACGAGGUCUAUCAAUCCAUUCAUGGCUCUAGCAUCAAUCAGAAGCGCGCUCUAAUGGCUCGCACUCCUUUCGCUGUUCCCUUUAUUGAGAAAAAGAAGGCGGAACUCACCGCAGGUCAAAAGCGUGUGGCAUGUCUCGAAGAUGCCAAGUCCUGGGUCCGCGCGAACAUUAUCACCUCAGAGGAUAGCUACAGGUCCGGCGCGGCAGCUGAAAUCCUGAGUAAAAUUGGCGAGCGGAUGAUCACAGAUGCCACCCAGGCACUGGUGAAUGAUCGCGUUAUCACGAUGACCAACAGUGGCCGCAUCGUCCCCGGCCGCAACUACGAUAUCUCAGACAAUUUCCUGCAGACACUCAGCCGCAAGCGCGCCGUCGACAGCACCCAACUCAUGCGUGCAGCCCAAUUCAAAACCAUGAUCCUUGACCCUCAGCUGCAGAAUUUGGGUGUCUUUGACGUCAAAUACAAUGCAGAAGACGGCGAUAUCCUCGCCCUCAUGAACCUUUCUACAUCUGGUCGUAUUGAGCUGCGACCAUAUGGUGCACCCCGCGACAAAUUCGGUCUCACUGAUGGUGGAUACCUCACUCGGCAAAUGGACAAGUCUCGUCUCCGUUUCCCGGUAAAGGUCAUUCCAACCCGGUACUAUGUCUACGGAAAUCCCCUUUCCGAAACAGCGGCAUCUAUUCCACCCCCCGCCGCCUGUGUCGACACUCACUGGUAUCGGGCGAUGCUUCGACCUGGUACCAAUGCCCGCAGUAUUUCCAAUAUGAUUAAGCCGACUCUGGCACCGUGGGAGACUGUCCUGAUGCUACAAUGGUUGGCUAAAGUUGGUGCGGUCAAGGGAGAUGGCGAUGACGAGGGCACUGCGUGGACCUUGCAAGAAUGGUGGUGGCUGGUUGCAACAUAA